AUAUCCCAAUAUUCCUGUAGUCAGGAUCACCAAGUUACAACAACAACAAACAAACAAAAGACAAAUAAACCAACAAACAACAACGGGCUGUGAUAGUCAUUCAAUUACAAGAAAAGACAAUGACAUUCAUGGUUUUUCUAGCCGGUGUGGCUUUCCUGAACGUGACCAUCUACUUCAUGCACUGGUUCUACAAGUCUAAAAUACCCGAAAAGAUACCCGAGCAGUUCAAAGUGAGGGUCAUUGAUGCCAACUUGAGGUUUUUCAAGAACGUGGUGUGGUUCCUCCAGCUGACCGGCCUCAGCUACCCGUUCUCUCCCCUGGUUCGCUGGCUGGGCGAGCGCUGGCUUCUGCUUCAGCAGACGGGCUGGCCCUGGUGGAGGUAUACAGGGAGCUCACUGAAGGUAAGAAGCGCAGUGCUGAGUGGAGUCCCUGUACGCAUCUACGAGCCUGUGGAAUCUCUACACAAUACCAGAAGACCCGUCCUUAUCUAUAUCCAUGGAGGAGCAUUCGCCUGGCUCUCAGCUGAGCUUUAUGAGAGCUUUACGAGCAGGAUAUCGGAAUUGACUGGUGCUGUGGUAAUCUCGGUGAACUAUCGGCUCUGCCCCGAGGUUUCAUACCCAGCUCCGAGAGACGAUUGUGUUGCAGUGGUCAAGCAUGUUCUCACUCAAGGCCAGGGCAUGCGACUGGACACAUCCCGCAUGGCCGUUGGAGGUGACAGCGCAGGGGGUAAUCUGUCGGCUUCCCUGGCCCUGGAGUUCAAGGACAAGCUCAAGCUGCAACUGUUGCUUGUUCCGGCCUUGCAGCCACUGGACACUCUGACGUCAUCGGCCAUUGAAAAUCAGCGGUACAUGUGCGAGUCGAUUCACGACAGAAAUACCUUCCAAGCGUACUUAAUGUACGGAGGACUUAGCCUGGAGCAUCUUCCUUCGUUACUGGCAAACAGCCACGUCUCCACGACUGUGAAGAAGCAAAUGUUUGAGUACAAAGUAAACCACAAUGCUCUCAUGGUACCGGAAAUCAUCCGGACGCCGGAUCUGAAGAAACGAAAUCAGGACUGCAGUUUUGGAGAGGAAAAAGUUUGGGACGAGCUGAAAGACAUCUUCCUGGAUCCGUAUUUCUCACCCUUGCUUGCAGACGACAGCUGGUUGUCAAAGACGCCUACCUGUUACGUCAUGACAGCCGGGUAUGACGUCAUUCGAGAUGAUGGAGUCAUGUAUUUCACGAGGCUCUUGAACGCUGGUGUGAAAGCAACUCUGAAGAACUAUGACGAAGGUUUUCACAAUUCUCUUAUGUUUCACAAGGGCCCACUAAAACUGGAGCAAGGGGAGCGUAUUUUGUUUGAUAUUGUCGAUUUUUUGAAAGAGAACUUAUAACACAACCUGUUAUAAUUGGCGUUUUAAUAACCUGCCAUAAUUUCACAGAAAGUUCCUGUUGAUUUCUUACAUAGCCAGAUGCGUAUACUGAACCUGUGUAAAUAUAUAAACAUACAUAAUGUACCUGUGCAUGUGUGUUAUAAAUACAUACAUUGUAUAUAAUUCACAUAUUAUGCAUAUGAGAAAAGAUUAGAUGCUUUAUUAUCCUAGAGGGAAUUUUUUUCUUGGCUGUACAGGACCGUAAAAACACAUGUAUGUAUACUUUAAAAAAAUUAAAUUUUAU